CGUACAACGUUUGUUUGGAUGUUAAGUGCCGGGACCGACCUUGGGACUCCAUGAGUCGACCGCGACGCUGACGCUGAGGGAAGCAUGGAUUACUCGACGAAAGUUACUGUUAAGAGUGGCCCUGAUCAGGGACACGAGAACGAAGCGCAAGCCGAUGCUGCAUCGUCACCAUCGAGUGUCGAGUUACCGGAAAGCGCUCACCCCUGCCCUGCCUGCCCCACCGUUUUACCCACGUCCCGCGAGUUGACGAACCACCUGCGUGGCCAUAACUCGCCCCGCAGCACCGACUGCAGCGGCGAGGAUGACUACUGCUGCGGCGUGUGCAACAAGGUGCUCAGCUCCUCGAGUUCUCUGGACAGGCACGCGUUGGUGCACUCCGGGGAACGUCCGUUCAAGUGCAAAUACUGCGAGAUGACGUUCACCACCAACGGGAACAUGAACAGGCAUCUGAGAACCGCUCACAGAGGUGUCUCUCCUCACAGCUGCACCGACUCCGAGGGCAGCAGCGACUCGGAGAAACCGUCGAAGAGGCGGCACAUCGAGGAGUACAACAACAACGACAUCACCAAGAGGAACUCGCCGGACUUCAUCGAGAGACGCGAGGAGAAAUCACCGACGUUAUCUGGAAAGAGAAAGUGUACAGAUUAUCUGAGCGAUAACGAGGGUCAGAAGAGGCAUAAGAUACUGUUGAACAACUCGAGAACGGAGAUCAAGUCCCGGCCGGACGACAGUCAGAACGUGUACAAUUGUCCGGUCUGCGGGAGACAGGAUUUCGCUACCAGUGCACUUCUCGAGGCUCAUCUCGAACGUAGCCAUCCGGAAUUCCCGGCCAAGUGCGAUGCCUGCAAUUUGUCGUUCAAGAAUCACAGAGUGUUGAACCUGCAUAGAUUCAUGAUACAUUUCGCGGAACAUUCGAUAGGAAACACUGCUAGGAACCUGAGAAACUCGGUGGUAGGCUUCAACGACUUGACCUUCGUGGAUUUCUCCUCGGACAAGUUCCCGGCGAUAGCCAGAGCUGUUUGCGAGCAAUCGUUGCACAGACCAGCCUCCGGCGAGGUAGCCAAGUUCCAGUGUUCCAAGUGUUUGAGAGCAUUCCCGUGUAGAUCAGCGUUGGACGCUCACGAGACCGACUGUGGAACGACGAGCUUGCAGACCAGGACCAGCGACGACAGUCAAUCUAGAAGAGACGAUUUCUUCGCUGGCCUGGAUCUUCAGAACAAAGCUGCUCUCACGGAGGCGAAAGAAGGCAAGGAUCUGGCUGACAUUCAGAGCAUCAUAUCCGUCACUUCUGGUCCGAUAUUGCAGAACUUCCCUCGGUCUGAUGCUAGUACACCUGAAAACAACAUCAAGUUCAAUCCCAGCGUUAGUUCAUCCGGUUCUUCAGGAACGUUCUCCUCCGAGUACCACGAAGAGGAAGCUCAAGACGCGUUCGCUGCUGAGUUCAGGAAGAUGAAGCUGAAAGGGGAGUUCCCAUGCAGACUGUGCUCCGCGAUAUUCCCCAAUCUGAGAGCCUUGAAGGGCCACAACAGGGCGCACAUGGGCGUAGGGCCUGGAAUGCCUUAUCCUUGCAACAUGUGUCCUUACACCAGCACCGAUAAAGCCACUUUGGUCAGGCAUCUCAGAUCACACAACGGAGACAGACCUUACGAGUGCUCCCUGUGCAAUUACGCCUUCACCACUAAAGCAAACUGUGAACGUCACGUGAGAAACAGACAUGGGAAAUUGACGAGGGAAGAUAUCAAGAGUGUACUGAUCUACCAUCCUAACGAGGACUCCACAAACGAGAACGUGGAAAGGAGUUCUCCUAGAGUGGUGAAGGACGACGUGAGGAAGAGCCUGGUUUAUCCGUCGGAGCGUGACGAUCUUCAGCAUCAGGCGCAGAUGCACUAUCCGUCUGUGCCUAUGGAGGUUAGAGGCGAGAUCAGGAUAAUCGAGGAGGCGAAGCUACACAAUUCGGCGAUGUCGAUGCACAAUGUGAGCCAUUUCGAGAAGAGCGACUCGUUCUCGAGACCUGGCCAGCCUAUGGAGCUUAUGCAACGCGGUGGAGAGGAGGGUAAGGAUACCAAGUCGGACUAUUCGAAGCUGGACGAGGACCUGGAGUCGAGGUCGUCAGAGGGCAGCGUGUCUCUAGUCAGUGAUACCAAAUCAGAUUCGCACCAAAGAAUACAAGCUAGUCCGAUGAACUUGAAGAAGGGGCUGGCCGUGUCUGAGAACAUUACCGAGGACGGGCCAUUGGAUCUCUCUAUGGACGUGUUGGAUCUCAGCAAGAAGUCUAAGGAAAAGGAGGACAAUGAGUUCUCCGCAUCGCAUGAACAGUUUGGAAAGAGUCAGAAGGAUUUGUACAACACUACCAGCCAGUUGUUGUUGACCGAGGCUCUGUUGAAGGCUGGCCAGGGUAGCUCGCAAGCUACCUCACUGGAAGCUCUGUACGCUAAUGCUAUCUACAGGAACUUUGGCACGUUUCCAGGCAGCGUUGGAGCUGGGAUCUUACCACCUUACAUGUUCAAUCCUCAUGUAUUCGGUCAGGACUUCUCCAUGAAGGAAAGAUUGCAGAAAGAGCUGGUUAGAGGUCUGCAGUUGACCAGCGGAGGGACUUUGGUAGAACCAACCAUUGGUGGAACUGGAUUCACCUUCUCCCAGGGUAGAGACUUGAAUUCUCAGUCUGGGAACGAGCAGAACGAUUACGCCAAGCUGAUCUCGUCGAAAAUGGCUAGUAAAGGUUUGUCUAGCCGUGACAAACAGGAUACCUUGCCGUCCUCGAACUCUGUGAAGAUGGUGAUCAAGAAUGGAGUACUGAUGCCUAAGCAGAAGCAAAGGAGAUACAGAACGGAGAGACCGUUCACCUGUGAGCAUUGUUCGGCGAGAUUCACCCUAAGGAGCAACAUGGAGAGACAUAUUAAGCAGCAACAUCCUCAGUAUUGGAGUCAGAGGCCUAGAGGAGGGCAUUCGACGAGAGGAAGACCACCUUCCAGUCAUCCUACGUUGCUGCAGAACCUUGGACAGCCUGCUUCUCAAGUCUCUCAGUCGUACACUAACAUUCUGCCAAAGGUUGAACAGUCGGUGAACUCCGAGUUCACUAAACACCCUAUAUCUGACCAAGUGAAGUACGCCAUCUUGGCUCAACAGUUGAAAGCCAACAAAGUGGAAGAUAAUGAUUCUGAAGAGGAGUUGGUGAUCGACGAGGAUCCACAGGAGAAAGAGAAUCAGGAAUCUCAGGAGCAGAAGGAGAAAAGUCUGUUGAGAGGGCAAUUGGAGGGUACAGAAUCUAGCAAAGAGAGUACUGUGAAAGAAGAAGCGAAAGAGUCCGCUAAAGAAGCUUCUGAGGAGGCCAAUGCUGAGUCUGCGAAAGAGGAGGAUGAUCCAGCUGAAGAGGCAAAGUCAUCUGACACAGAGAAGGCCGAUGAAUCAGAGAAGUCAAUAGACAAGACUCCUAGCAGAGUGUUCAAGUCUGAACCUGAUGAUGUGAAGGAUGAGAAGAUGGAGGAUGGAGCAACAGACUUGGCAAGUGUGUCAGAAUUACUGGACAAUGCUUCUCAGCAGUAUCAGCAAUUUCAGCCUCAGUAUCUGAGUGAUGAAGAAGGUUUAGUCGCCUCUCAUAGUGACUGCAAUAAUUCCGGCAGCGACGAGAAGAGCGACUCUGUGAAUUCUAUAAACUCGGUGAACACCUCGUCGAAGAAGAAGAAGAAAAAGAAGAAGAAGAAGAAAAAGAAGUCUGCUUAUUCGAUGGCGCCUAACCGUGUGAUCUGUCCCUACUGUCAACGGCCAUUUCCUUGGACCUCCUCUCUCAGAAGACACAUCCUCACGCACACAGGACAGAAACCCUACCAGUGUAUCCAUUGCUCCUUGCUGUUCACCACAAAGUCAAACUGCGACCGUCACUUGCUGAGGAAGCACAAGGCGAAUCCAAAUAAGAUGCGUCGCGUGAGGAACUCUUCCUCUCCGGAUUCUCAAGCAGUGAUCAACAACAAUAACUCCUUCUCCAUGAGGAACGUUCCCGAGAGACCGUACAAGUGCAACCAAUGCCCUAGUUCAACCUUCUCCACUCUGGGUAACCUGAAAAAGCAUCGUUCCGUUAAACAUCGUAAGAUGAAGUCUAGAUCGGACACUCCGUCCAGCGAGCCUCAGAACAGCCCUCAGGAGUGCUCGAAGCAGAAUAACGAACAAAGUGAUUACGACAGUCAGUCGUCUAGUGUGUCUGAAAGCAUGGAAACCUCCUCGGUGGCGGGAAUUCCGAAAUCCAACUCGAACACCUCACCGUCGACAAAUGACACACCAAGGUCGAGGAGACCCUCGCCGAGAUCAUCACCUGGACCCAGCGACGUGCCGUUCAAGUGUCAUUUGUGCGACUGUGGGUUCGCGGAGAGACAGGAUUGCUUGGAGCACAUCAGGGUGAAUCAUAAAAGGUCCUAUGAAAUGUUGGUGACCAAAGGAGCGUUGGACAUGGACAUCGACACCGUGGAGGAUCAGCAACAACCACCGCCACAACAGCAUGCUAGCGACGGAGAGGAAAAGAGAGGUCGUUUUCCGGACUAUAGUAACAGAAAGGUGGUCUGUGCAUUCUGCAUGAGACGGUUCUGGUCCGCGGAGGAUCUACGUCGUCACAUGAGAACACACACAGGCGAACGGCCGUUUUCAUGUGACAUCUGCUGCCGGAGGUUCACACUGAAGCACAGCAUGCUGCGGCAUAGAAAGAAGCAUGAAUCCAUUGACUCUACGAUGUACGUUGGCACCAGUGGCGACGAGGAAAAUUCACCUACCCAACCGCCUACGAUCACGCCGCGAAGCCAACAACAACCGCCAGUCCUGGUGGCGGCGAACAGCGGUAAUCCCCGUAUGCAAGACAGAAUCUCUUUACCGACCGUCGCUCCAGUCGCGACUGGUGACGCAGCGCCGAGUGUACUCAUGAGAUUCAAUCCUUACGAGAAGUUAACCACGCUCACGGGGAAGCUCGCGAGUAUUCCGCAGAACGUGAAUCCAGACGUGAGCGAGAGCACGGAUAACGACCUGAUUUCUAACCUCUUGGGCAUAAGGGACAAGAGCUUCAUUGACCGAGUACUACAGGCAUCCGCUGACGACGCUGCCAAGCUUCUAGGAGUGAAACGCAACCAUGAGUGA